AUGAAUACAUUUGUAUCAACAAGUCGAAAAAGAAGCGUAGCUUUAGUAUUCGCCGGUGAUGGUUCUCAUAGGCCAUUGUUAGAAUCCGUAUUAUUUCAAAUUACGAUUAAUAAAAAUGUGGCUACUAAAACAAAACCAUUCGUUGAUAUAACAAAUAUGAGUAUUUUAGGUGAAGAAGAGAAAGAAAUACUAUUAUCGAUGGGAAUUAUAUUCAAGAUUGAGUCAGUUGAACAAUUAGUUGAAAAUGGUAUUGUUUGGCAAGUUAAUCCAAUAUUAACUGAAUCAGUGGUGGAUAAUGAAAUAGAGAUUUUAUUCAAUUAUUUCAAAACGAAUUCAACUACAAGUAUAUCGAAUAUCAGUACAUUAGGUGUACUAUUGGCACAAAUGGGAGAUUAUGAAAAGGCAGAAAAAUAUUAUCAAAUGAUGCUCGAUAAGUUGCCAAUAGAUCAUUGUGGAGUUCCAAUAAUAUUAAAUAAUAUGUGA